UAGAUGGGUUCAGGUUAAAGUAAAACCAAGAAGAAAGCUGCCUAACUUAAACAACCGAAAAUACAAAGUAUUGUUUUCCAGACAUUUUUUAGAUGAGGAAUUAAAAAGGUAACCCCAAUAUGAGGAUGAUGUGAUUGACGCUGCUAAUUUGGCUAUAGCAAUUUAAAAGGAGGAUCUUACUACAAAUAUAGAAUUAUUCGUUCAUUGUGAAGGUUUGCCCAAAAUGGAUGCAUUCUCAUUAACAGAUCCUGUUGUGGUUGCAUAUUACGAAAAGGAGUAUAUUAUAAUAUUGAUAAUUCUAGUGAUAAAUGGGUUUACAUAGACAGAACAGAGAUAAUCCCAGAAUCUUUAAAUCCUAAAUUUGUUAAGACUUUUAUAGUUAACUAUAUAUUUGAGAGAAAACAAAAGUUAAGAUUUGAAAUUUAUGAUAUUGAUGAUUUCGAAGCCAUAGACAAUUUAGAGAGAUAAGAAUUUAUAGGUUUUGUAGAGUGUGAAAUAAGAGACAUUGUUUGUGCUCCAACCUAAUCAAUCUCAAGGACCAUUAUUAAUAGAAAGUCGAAUAGAAAAAGAAAUGGACUACUGCAUAUCAGAGGAGCAGAAUAUGAUAUGGGUGGUAAUACAAUUCUCUUUUAAAUUGGAUGCUAGUAAUUUACAACGAAGGCUGAAGUACUAUUAAGAAUGUCAUACUUCACUGACAAUAAGGAUUGGAUGCCAAUUCAUGCAACAGAGCCAAUUAAAUAUUAAAAAAAAUAAACUGUACAAUUUAAUGAUUUUUAUCUUCCACUCAGUAAGUUUGGAAAUAAUGAAUAAGCAUAAAUCAAAUUGGAAGUUGAAGAAUACAACAAAACAAAAGGAACUACAUAGUUGGGAGAAUGUGAAACUACACUACAACAAUUAAUGGAAAAUUCAGGUAAAACCCUCAGAAUGACUAAAAAUGGAUUAAUAGUUGGAUAAUUAAAAUUGAUACAAGUGAAGUAACAUAGUAGAUACAGUUUUCUGAAUUAUAUUUAUUCUGGGGCAAAGAUUUAAGUUAUUGUUGCACUGGAUUUCACAAAUUCUAAUCAAAUUUCAAAUGAAGAGGAUGGAUAACCAGAAUUAUCAACAUCCAAUGAUUACAUCAGUGCAUUAAAACAAAUCUUAGGAAUUCUAUAAUACUAUAAUAAUGAAAAUAGAUAUCCAGUGUAUGGUUUUGGAGCUAAAUUACCUCCCUAUUAUAAUGUCGUCAGUCAUUGUUUUGCUUGCACAGGAAAUAUAUUUGAUCCUUAUGUGUAUGGAGAGGUCGAUGAGAUCAUAAACUUGUAUAAAGAAAUCUUGCAAGGUGUUGUGUUACAUGGACCAACAGUUUUUUCCUAAAUCAUCUCCUAAGCUAUUGAAUUUGCAGCAAAUGAAAAAGUAGAUUAAAAUAAGUAUUUAUUAUAAAAUAUCUUUUUAAGUUAAAAGUAUUACAUUCUUUUGAUUUUGACAGAUGGAUCUAUCAAUGACAUGCAAUCUACAAUCGAAUAAAUCUAUAGAGCAUAAGAAUAUCCAUUAUCAAUUAUUAUAGUUGGAAUAGGCAAAGAAGAUUUUAACAAUAUGAGAAUCUUAGAUGGGGAUGAUCCCUAACAUAAAGUAAAUAAUACAUAAUAAUAUAGUUACGUUCAAAAAUCCAUAACGAUGAUAUCAAAAGAGAUUUGGUUCAAUUUGUUGAAUUUAAUUCUGUUAGAGAUAACUAAGAUAAAUUGGCUAAGGAGACCUUGGCCGAAAUUCCAAGAUAAUUUCUGGAAUAUAUGGAAAAGAAUAAAAUAUAUCCAGCUAAAGGAAAAAAAAAUACCAAAGCUGCAACCAAUGAUUUUAUCCAUUCGAAAAUUGAUGAAAUGAAGAAAUUAAAAAAGAAAGAAGGUGUAAUUAGUGGUAAAAUUCCUUAAUUUUUAAACCAAUAAAAAGAAGAAUUUAUUAAACAAUUAGUUUAAUUAGGAUAUGAUCGAUUGGCAGUUACAAAUGUAAUUAAUAAUGAUGGUGUUCCAUGCAAAGAUGUCAAUUUAGUAAUUGAAAUUUUAAGUUAAAAAUAAAAGCAAAUGCAAAUGUAACAACCGAGAGAUGGCCAUUUCUUGAGUAAAAGAAGUGAGAUGGCUCAAAAAUUAUUAGCCAAUGUAUCUUCAUCAGACUCUAAAAUUACACACAGAGUCUUUUGCAUCAGAUAAAGAAACAAAAUUGAUGAACUUAUGUAAUUAAAAAAACAAGAAUCGAAAAUUACAGCAACUAACUUUCUAUUUAAAUUAACUGAACAAACUAAGCCAAAACCCAAACCAAUUAUGGAAUAGAAAAAACAAAUUAUUGAAUCAUAAAAUAACUAUGAAACUACAAAAAUAGGGUAAACAAAAGAAAAUCUAUGUCUAAAUUGCGAUUAAAAUAAAAUAGAACUAGUUUUUAUACCUUGUGGCCAUGCCUGUUCAUGUUUAUAAUGCUAUAAGAAUCUAUAGUAUUGCAUCAGUUGUAAAUAGAAAGUGCAAAUGUUUGCUUAGAUUGACUAUAAAUCAUGA